CGUUGCUCCACUAUGAACAUUAUUUUACAAUAAUUUAAUCCUGUAUGAUGGAUCGUGUUUGUGUGGCGGAACAAAAUAUGUGUUCCUCUGUUUCGAGGGACGAGAUUAAGUGACGUACCAAUACAAAGAACCGUUUAUUCACGUGUGAGUUUUAACGUCAUCUUUCUGAUUCACCAAUAAACAUCUUUUUUAAAAGCAUAUACAAUUUAAUUAAAAAAAGCGCGAUCAAUUUAUAAAUACUAUUGUUUUUUUUAAAUUGAUAUUAAAUGUUUAUUCGCAACGAUUCGCUUUCGGGAUUCUUGCCAUCCAGUUAUGCAUCAAUCGUAUUCUGCACAAGUAAAAUAAGCUGAGGGGUGUAUCUGAAAAGUACAUUUUCCCUAUGCUGAGACUAUUAACGGUAACAUUAAGAGGAUUUAAACAACACAAGACCCCACGUCUUAAAUUCAGCACAUCCUCUGUCAUGGCCAAAAGCAAGUUUGAGUACGUAAGAAACUUUGAGCUUGACGACACGUGUUUGAAAAACUGCUACAUUGUGGUUCGUCUAGAUGGACGCAAUUUUCACAAAUUUUCAGAUCAACACAAGUUCAUUAAACCCAAUGACAACAGAGCUCUGGGCCUGAUGAGUCGAAGUGCACUCUCAGUCAUGGAAGAGCUCGAUGACAUCACAAUAGCCUACGGACAGAGCGAUGAGUUUAGUUUUGUGUUCAAAAGAUCCUCCAACUGGUUCAAAAGACGGGCCAGUAAACUGAUGACCCAUGUGACUUCCCAGUUUUCCUCAAGCUAUGUUUUCUACUGGAAGGAGUAUUUUGGGGAGCAGCCACUGCUGUACCCGCCGAGCUUUGAUGGCAGGGUGGUGCUGUAUCCUAGCAACCAAAACCUCAGAGACUACCUAAGCUGGAGACAGGCGGAUUGUCAUAUCAACAAUUUGUACAACACUACAUUUUGGACCCUGGUGCAGAAAGGUGGACUGACCACAACUCAGGCUGAAUCGAGACUCAAUGGAACCCAAGCUGCAGAUAAAAAUGAGAUCUUGUUUUCUGAGUUCAGUAUCAAUUACAAUAAUGAAUCUCCAAUGCACAAAAAAGGCACAUAUUUAAUAUGGGAAAUGGUAAAUGAAACCUCGACUAAGAAGAUCAACCGACCAAAUGAAGCAGAGACAGAAGUUACUGUGACACGGACCAGAAAGAAAGUUACUGCUCAUCACUGUGACAUUAUUGGAGAUCAGUUCUGGGAAGAACAUCCAGACAUUCUGGAAAGAGACUAGCGUUGAACAUAUGGUUAUAAAGACUGCAUCAAACCUGAAACCCAUAUGCUUUUCAUUUUGAUAUUUAAUAAAAACUAUCAUUGUUUAA